AUGGCGGACUUUGCCGCACCAAACAAGCGCGCUCCUCGCCCUGGCCCCCGACGAACGUCGAGUGCUUCAAGCAUCGACGUAGCCCUAACCUCGUCCACGUACUGCCUUGGUCUUCGGCAACGCGAGGCCGCACAGGCGAGGUCUGCAGAAAUCCUGGACAAAUGGCUCGCCAAACGCGCCGCUGCCGCGGCAGCGGCUUUCGCGCCACCCUGCAACACCCCUGUCACUCCCAGUGGUGCUGUUAGCCAGCCGGAGCCUCCCACGCCCGCCCUCUUGCAAGAUUCCUGCUCCUCACUUCCCCAGUCGGCUCGGCCUGCUGGUUCUCCCGAACCAACUUCCGUGGAACUCCCCGUGAGUUCCGAUGAGGAAGAUAUGGAUUCGCCUGCCUCUCGGAAAAGCGGCCGCGACAGCGAUGACCAGGGUGACGCCCCAGAGCAGUCGAUGGGUUCCGCAGCGCGGCUUCUUGGGCCGCCCUCUAUGGCAACUUCCGCAGCGCGGCUUCGCUCGCAGGGAGACCUCCCUCCUGCUGCGACUGAGAAUUGGCUGCUGCUGGACGGAGGCUCGCCGCCACCUGCACGGCCUCAUCGCCUCUCUAGCCUGCGUCUCCUGUGGGGAGCCCGAGACCCUGGAGCACCUCCUGCUGGCCUGCCCUGCCUACCUGCAGCAGCACGGUCACCUCCUGCAGGAGUUCCGACACCUGGGGCUUCCUUCAGCAUGGCAGGAAGACGUCCUCUUCCCUGGUUGCAAUGA